AUGCGUCCAGACUCGCGUUUCACACAGCAGGAGCUGCCGGCGUGCAAACCGCUGCUGACGCCAGCAUGGGUGAUCGCGACGCUCUUCCUUGUCGGCGCCGCCUUCAUCCCCAUCGGAGUCGUCGCUCUCAUGGCGUCUAACAGCGUGGUGGAGGUGGUGCAGCGCUACGACGACAGCUGUGUGCCGGCCGGCAAGGACGGCGUGGCGUACAUUCAGAACGCGUCCGUCGUCAAGAAGUGCGACAUCCGGAUCACCGUCAGUCGCCUCUCCCCCUCUCCCUCCCUCACCUUCUCGCGCUGUAGUCACGCCCUUGUGCCGAAGCGCAUGCAGCCGCCAGUGUUCGUGUACUACCAGCUCACCAACUUCUACCAGAACCACCGCCGGUACGUGAAGAGCCGCAGUGACAGCCAGCUGCGGGGCACCAACAUCAGCGGCAGCGAUUUUGACGUGUGCCAGCCAGAGGCGUACCUGUGGGACAACACGUCCUCGCCCAUCCGGCCGUGCGGGCUGGUGGCGUGGUCGCUGUUCAACGACUCGUACGCCAUCACAGACGUAGGCAGCGGGCAGCAGCUGGCCAUUGACAGCAGCAACAUCGCGUGGCCCAGCGACCAGAGCGGCAAGUUCGCUGGCGUGCCGCCUGAGAACUUCAACACUGUUGAUGACCUGCGCGGCGGGGCGCAGCUUAACACGCUUGUAAGCUUGCUUAGCAGCCACACAGGCAUGGUGCACGGGAACGCAUGGGUGUGGGUUACACGUGCUCUUAUCCCGCAUUACACUCCCCCUCAACUCUCGCCUCUGAACCAGUCGGAGAAUCUGAUGGUGUGGAUGCGCACGGCAGCGCUGCCCACGUUCCGCAAGCUGUAUGGGCGUAUCAACACGCCACUGGAGGCAGGCAGCACGCUGGCCGUGGUGCUGCAGAACAACUACAACUCCUACCAGUACGGCGGCCAGAAGGCCCUCGUCAUCUCCACCGCCAGCUGGCUGGGCGGCGCCAACGGAUUCCUGGGCCUCGCCUACCUCACAGUGGGGGGCUCUGCUUCCUGCUCGGCCUCCUCUUCUUUGUCCUCCUCUUCACAAAUCCAAGUCAUCUGCAAUUCGCAUGCUGGUUCUGUGUGCGUGUGUGUGCAGGCCAUUGGGAGAUACCUCGUACCUCUCGUGGAAUCGCCAGGCUCAUCAUGUGCCUCCACCUUCAACCUCUGA